AGAUUCUUCGAUCCUCCUAGAUCAACCCGCAUCGUUCUGAAAGAUGUCCGCCAUUGUGAUGGCUGAACCGGUAAGGCGACCCCGUGGACAGACAAGAGAACAUCGAGUUUCUAAGCAACGAGAUUAAGAGAAUUAUUGCCUUCUCUGAUAGUGGACGAUUUUAAAGAAAUAUCAACUGCAGAUUUGUCGAUCUGAGAAGAAGGCCAGAUUAGAUACAGCUCGUGUUUGAAGAGGAUAAUCUGAGGAGGCCUUGAUCAGGCCUUAUCUCCUUCUCAUGGCAGAGCAAGUCUCAGACUGUUAAUUUGUUUCUGGUAAAUUACUGUGUGAUGCGCCCUACAUAUGCGUCAGUUAUGACUUGCUGUGUGAUUAUUGUUUACCGUCGUCUGAAGGACCUUGGUUGUCGAAGAGACCUGAGGCACACCACGACAGAAGUGUGUGGAGGAGACAAGGCAUUGCGGAUUGCGGAUUCGUGUGUACACCGUCAGGUCUUAGGCUUGUGGUGGAAUGAGUGUUGAUAGACAGGCAUUUUAAAGUGAAACGCUAAUAUCUGUAAGAAUGUUGGUUUGUAUUUUUCCAAAAUACGACCCCGUUUUUUAGAAACGGUUUGUGACUGUUGAAAAUUUUACCUCGGUAUUCAUUGACGUGUCUGGGACUUGGUGUUGUCACAUACGAAGUAACCGAUAAUUUGUGAACUCUUAAUUCAUCAUUUGGAAUGUGUGUUUAUAAGGUGUCGUACCAUAUCCAAAUAUUUUAUGCGAAAAGAAAGAAUAAUCAGAGAUAUUCGGGCAGCAAAAGGAAUUAUUUUUAAAAGACGUAAAUGUGGUGCUUUUAACAUGAAUUUCGUAUCUGGGAGUGCAGGAAUUUUCACAUUUAAAGUAUAUACGUGCAAACGUAAUUCAUACUGAAAUUUUGGAUAGAACAUGACGUUUAUAAAAUGAAUAUUACGCGUCAGCACUGAAACUUGCCGUAAAGACAAUACUAACAACUUCAGAGAGUGAGGAGAAUUAAUAUUUGCUAAAAUGAACGAAAGUCUGGAGAACUUUACAACCACCUUGUGGCCAAACGAGUCCUACUCCUUAAACUACAACGUGACACAGGAAGACCACAACCAGUUCAUCCUGCCUCUGUGGCGGCAAGCGUUAUGGUCACUGCUGUUCGCUGGCAUGGUCGUGGUGGCCACGGGCGGCAACCUCAUCGUCAUCUGGAUAGUUCUGGCCAACAAGAGGAUGCGCACAGUUACCAAUUACUUCCUGGUGAACCUGUCCGUCGCGGACGCUAUGGUGUCCGCCCUGAACGUCACCUUCAACUACACGUACAUGCUGAACAGCCACUGGCCCUUCGGAACCCUGUACUGCAAGAUCAGCCAGUUCGUCGCGGUGCUGUCCAUCUGCGCCUCCGUCUUCACGCUCAUGGCAAUCUCCAUCGACAGGUACAUGGCUAUCAUGAAUCCGCUACGCCCGCGGAUGGGACGUCGCACUACGCUGUGCAUCGCCCUGGGGAUCUGGGUCGUUGGGACGGCUAUGUCCAUGCCCAACCUCCUCUUCUUCACGACCUUUGCACACGAGUUCUCAGACGGCGGCACGCGGGUCGUCUGCUACGCCGAGUGGCCCGAUGGUCCAAGUAUCGAGAGCUACCAGGAGUACAUCUACAACAUCAUGUUCAUGAUACUGACGUACUUCCUGCCCAUCUCGUCGAUGAGCUACACGUACGUCCGGGUGGGGCUGGAACUCUGGGGCAGCCAGAGCAUCGGCGAGUGCACCCAGCGUCAGCUCGACAACAUCAAAUCCAAGAGACGGGUGGUGAAGAUGAUGAUUGUCGUCGUGCUGAUUUUCGCCGUGUGCUGGUUCCCGUUUCACAUGUACUUCAUCCUGACGUCAUUCCUGCCUCAGAUCACCAACACCAAGUACGUCCAGGAGGUGUACCUGGCGAUCUACUGGCUCGCGAUGUCCAACUCCAUGUACAACCCCAUCAUCUACUGCUGGAUGAACUCGCGGUUCCGACGCGGCUUCAAGCAGGUUUUCUCGUGUUGUCCCUGCAUCCAUCUGGCCCCAGAGACGCUGUCACGCCGUGAGGUGGUAACCAGCCGCUACAGCUGUUCCGGGUCCCCGGAAGCGCAGUGCCGGAUCAUAAGGAACGGUUCGAUGCGCUUUCCACUGCAGAUGGGCGUUGGUGACCCGACCACAGCCACGACGAACUGCCCGACGUCCGACGCGAACUACUCCACCUUCCGGAGCAAGAGAUGGCGCUCCAAUGGCCAUGACGGAGAAUCGACAGGCGGACGUGGGGUCUCCUGACAUCCGGAGAUUGUCGGGUCCUCGAGGGGACGCAGCAACAGGGUUCAGACCUGGAUAUGAAGUCAUUAAAUGAGGAGCGUGUCUGUUUGUUCGUGACUUCCUCACAGUCAGUUGUUUAAGAUAACUUAUCUGACGUUUACGGUGUCUUGAGAUGUUUCUUGGACUCGCCGAAACACAGUUCGAGAAGUGAAACAGCGUUCUUCCAUUUUGCGUUAUAAACUCAUAACGGAGAUUCAGGGAGAUCUGCGUUUCAACGUUGAAGUAACCCAACAAGAGUUUG